AUGAGUCUCGGAGCUCUGACUCAGAGCGCACGGAGAAUGGGCGCCCCACAGCUCUGGGUACGGUUGGAAUGGAUAAAAACAGACCGGGCAACUUUUACCUUCCAACGGACGGAUUACGCGAUGGCACCUAAUGCAUCCUGCGCUGGAACAGCCUAACAGGUAGGACUGUCUGUUUGUGGCGCACACAUAAUAAACAUGAUAGGUUUAGAUACAAGUUGGAACUGUUAUGGUCGCCUGCCGACUUAUUCUGAUGCAUUUAACCGUUUUACUUCCAGCAUUUAUUUGGGUGUUUAUUUAUUCUAGCCCAAUCUACUUGAUGUAUGACUUUCAGUGAUGUUUUCUUUUUAUGCCGACUAUUACCAAUUUUUGAAUUACUGUGGUCCAUUUGGCCAUAUCAUUUGGCCAUGCAUGUUGGCUUGAUAUACUCGUCACGCGUAAUUGUGGUUUAGGUGUCAGGGACUGACCCCAAUCUCACGAGAGGCAUAUCGAAGGUGUAGGCUACCUUUCGCGCGGAAUUCUAUGGGUUCGACAUUAAUUUCUCCUAUGAAGUGUGCAUAAGAGGAUGUCCUGACAGGAUGUCCUGACAGCAGGGAGGAUUUAUCAGAUAAGCAUAAAUAAUUUGAAGAACCGCAGGUGCAAGAUAGCAUCUCCAAAUUAAGUUGGACAGCCAAAGUGAUUAUAAUUGAUAACUGCAUAUUUCAGUGAUAAUGACUAACUAGGAGUCAGUCAUUGUGAUAGGCUAUCUGAAUACCUUCUAACACCAUACUUUUUUAUUACCAGGUUACAUAUAGAAUGUCUAUUAGCAAUGUAUUCAUGGAUGAAUACAUUUGAUGCCUAAUGCUCUGUCAGUCCAGUUAAUUUUCUCAUGUGAAAACAUUUAUGUAAAUGUAGUUUUGGUAGUUUGUUUUGGCAGUGUGUGGAGCUGUGUGAGGGAGGUGGGGGGUUUUGCUUCAUGUUCAAGUACAUUGUAUACAACCAGAGCCAUCAUCAGGACAAACAAGCACUGCCUGUUCCAAAGCACUACGUGUGUGUGUGUGUGUGUGUGUGUGUGUGUGUGUGUGUGUGUGUGUGUGUGUGUGCAGGCAUUCGUGUGUGUGUGCGCACAUGUGUGUGAGAAAGAGACACACACACACACUCUGCCAAAACAUUUGUGUCUUUUUUCCUUGUCUUCAACGCAUGCAGACCCACGCUGCAUUGUCAAUCCCGGGUCCCGUGAUAGAGGUGUUUAUUAUCCGAGGGCAGUAAGUGUGCAGCACCAGUUACCAUGCGCACUCUUAAUUCACCAUGUCUCCGUGCAGAUGGAAGAUAUCCCUCCCUCUAGACUCUGUUUGGGUCUGUUCUGUCACUGCAUAGGAUCAAUUACUAGACAGGAUCAAGGACUAGACUGAGUCAAGGACUAGACAGGAUCAAGGACUAGACCGAGUCAAGGACUAGACAGGAUCAAUGACUAAACUGGAUCAAUGACUAGACCAGGGCAAGGACUAGACAGGAUCCAGGAAUAGACAGGUUCAAUGACUAGACAGGAUCAAGGACUAAACAGGAUCAAUAACUAGACAGGAUCCAGGACUAGACAUGGUCAAGGACUAGACAUGAUCAAGGACUAAACAGGAUCAAGGACUAGACAUGGUAAAGGACUAGAUAGGAUCAAGGACUAAACAGGGAUAGAGAGAAGAUAGAGCAUGAGGGAAUCGAGAAUAUACAAUACCUUCAGAAAGUAUUCACACCCCUUUACUUUUUCCACAUUUUGUUGUGUUACAGCUUGAAUUAAGAAUGGAUUCAAUUGAGAUUUUGUGUCACUGAUCUACACACAAUACCCCAUAAUGUCAAAGUGGAAUUUUGUUUGUAUAAUUUUUUUGAAAUUAAUAGAACAAAUAAAAACUGAAAUGUCUUGAGUCAAUAAGUGUUCAACCUCUUUGUUAUGACAAGCCUAAAUAUGUUCAGGAGUAAAAAUGUGCUUAACAAAUCACAUAAUAAAUUGCAUGGACUCAUUCCGUGUAAAAAAAUAGUGGUUAACAUAAAUUUUUAACUACCACAUCUCUGUACCCCACACAUACAGUUAUCUGUAAGGUCCCUCAAUCGAGUAGUGAAUUUCAACCACAAAGACCAGGGAGGUUUUUCAAUGCCUUUCAAAGAAGGGCACCGAUUGGUAGAUGUGUAAAAAAAAAAUGACACUGAAUAUCUCUUGGAGCGUGGUGAAGUUAUUAAUUAGGCUUUGGAUGGUGUAUCAAUACACUCAGUCACUACAAAGUUACAGCUGUCCUUCCUAACUCAGUAGCCGGAGAGGAAGGAAACGCUCAGGGAUUUCAUCAUGAGGCUAAUGGUGAUUUUAAAACAGUUACAGAGUUUAAUGGUUGUUAUAUGACAAAACUGAGAAUGGAUCAACAACAUUGUAGUUACUCCACAAUACUAACCUAAAUUACAUAGUGAAAUGAAGGAAGCCUGUACAGAAUAAAAAUAUUCCAAAACAUGCAUCCUGUUUGCAACAAGGGAUUUAAGUAAUACUGCACAAAAUGUAGCAAAGAAAUUAACUUUUUAUCCUGAAUACAAAGCGUUAUGUUUGGGGCAAAUCAACACAACACAUCACUGUGUACCUCUGUUCAUAUUUUCAAGCAUGGUGGUGGCUGCGUUAUGUUAUGGGUAUGCUUGUCAUCGGCAAGGACUAGGGAGUUUUUCAGGAUUAAAAGAAACGGAACACAGCAAUAAGCACAGGCAAAAUCCUAGAGGAAAACCUGAUUCAGUUUGCUUUCCAACAGACACUGGGAGACAAAUUCACCUUUCAGCAGGACAAUAACCUAAAACACAAGGCCAAAUCUACACUGGAGUUGCUUUCCAAGACGACAUUGAAUGUUCCUGAGUGGCCUAGUUACAGUUUCGACUUAAAUUGGUUUGAAAAUCUAUGGCAAGACUUAAAAAUGACUGUCUAGCAAUGAUCAACAAUCAACUUGACAGAGCUUGAAUAAUUUAUAAAAUAAAAAUUAGCAAAUAUUGUACAAUCCAAGUGUGCAAAGCUCUUAGAGACUUACCCCAAAAGGCUCACAGUUGUAAUCGCCGCCAAAGGUGCUUCUACCAAGUACUGACUCAGUUAAGGGGUGUGAAUACUUUCUGAAGUCACUGUGCAUGAGUAGUAUCAGGAAGUAGAAAGUAGAUAUAGAAGGAUAGAGAGUAAAUGUUGAGGGAAUAGAGAGGGUUUGAGAAUAGAGCUGAGUCCAUAUUACAGCUGUAGAGAAGGGGAGACACAGGAGUGAGUCUGGGACAACCAGGUUAGUAUGGUGGGGAGUAGUGGGAGCUCUGUGGGACAAUGAAACAGGAGAAGAGAGGAUGUGAAAGGAGGGGAGGAUAGGAAAGGAAGGGAGGGGAGACAAGAGAAGGGGAGAGGAGUACCACUUGUACCUGGCCAUUGUCCACUCCCCCUGCUGAUCUGAAAGGUCUGGAUAGGAUAAAUUAAUAUAGCUGAAAGGUCUUUAUAGGUUAACUGAAUCUACCUACCGCAGAGCCAGGUACAAAUGUCAGGCAUUGCAUAACAAAGGUACUUUAUGCUUGGAGCGGGGACUUGGACUGCACAGGUGUAGGCAUUAUCAUUUUGCUGAUACCUGGAGUCCAGCCAUGAAUAGGAGAAGGGUAAGCAGAAUUGAUGGAGAGAAGUGGGUGAAGGGAUGGAGAUAGGGAGGGAUGAUGACAGGUACCAAAGCCAGAGAUAGAAAGAAAGAGAGAGAGAGAGAGAGAGAGAGAGAGAGAGAGAGAGAGAGAGAGAGAGAGAGAGAGAGAGAGAGAGAGAGGACUCAGACAACUCAAAACACCAGCUACAGAGUUAUUAGCGCUCUCUGAUGGAGAGGGUUUACCGUAACAGGCCAAAGGCAAUAAUCAAUGACAUGACUGCAUUAGAUUAACAUGUUUCAAUUUAGCAUUGUAGCCAUUUAAUAAAAGCCAUAAUCCACAGCUAUUUACUGUAAGUGAGUGGGUGCCUUCAAUGAGGGGAUGACUGGGAAAAAUCCUCAUAUUAAAAAGUCAAUACUGUUGCAAUAAGAUUAAAUUGAUAAUCGUGCCAACAGACUUUGGGUCUGCUGCAGUGCUCUCUGUUGCAGUGCUCUCUGUUGCAAUGCUCUCUGUUGCAGUGCUCUCUGAUGCAGUGCUCUCUGUUGCAGUGCUCUCUGUUGCAGUGCUCUCUGCUGCAGUGCUCUCUAUUGCAGUGCUCUCUGUUACAGUGCUCUCUGUUGCAGUGCUCUCUGUUACAGUGCUCUCUGUUGCAGUGCUUUCUGUUACAGUGCUCUCUGCUGCAGUGCUCUCUGUUACAGUGCUCUCUGCUGCAGUGCUCUCUGUUGCAGUGCUCUUUGCUGCAGUGCUCUCUGUUGCAGUGCUCUCUGUUGCAGUGCUCUUUGUUACAGUGCUCUCUGUUGCAGUGCUUCAGCAGAAAACAGUAACUUCUAGCAGCCUUCAUCAGAUUCACAUCCACGACAUUAAGCUGUAAGUCCUCCGGUAAUAUAAAGUGAAUAAUGACAGGGACACGUUUUAUUGUAAAGACUGAGAACUCAUUUAUUUUGGCAUUAAGACAAGCCAGUAGAAUUUCUGCUGGGAGUCUGAGAGAACAUCACUCCGUCUCCAGCCCUCCGACCCUGACCCUGAACUCGCUGCAGGAUAUUGUGUUUUGUGUUUGUGGCGAUUGCCUCACUGUGUAGGUGACACUAUUAUAAAUGUGAGGGAGGGAUAGCGUGUACCGAAUGGGGAAUGGUUGUCAUAUAUAUGUGCUCAAUAUUGUAUAUUCAUCUUGGUCAUGGGGAUGUAUCAGAUUAGAUGUGCAUGUGACUCAGGGUUUCCCUAUGAGGAUUGUGUGUUGUAUGGAUGGAUCUUUCUCUUAGUGGUUGUCAUGUGAUAGAUAUCAGCUCCAUCUCUGUCCCUCUCUCCCAUGCAGGUCUCUCACCCAGCCCCUCUCUCAUGUCACCGGGACAUCUCCAUGGCGAUGUUUAGCGGCUCUGAACGCUUCUUCUGGAAUGACUCGGAACAGGUUCCGGAAGACCUCCCCCUCCAGCGGAAUUCCUCUGGUGGUUGGGAGGAGGAGGAUACGGAGCGUAACUACUACGCCAUGCUGUACUCCCUACUCAUCCUGGCCAUCGUGUUCGGCAACGUGCUGGUGUGUCUGGCUGUGGUGCGGGAGAGGUCCCUACAGACCACCACUAACUACCUGGUGGUGAGCCUGGCUGUAGCUGACCUGCUGGUGGCCUCACUGGUCAUGCCCUGGGCUGUAUACCUGGAGGUGAGGGUCCACUGGGUAGGGGGGUGGGGUGGGGACGUGCGGACAGGGAUGGGUUGGGUUGGGGAGGGAGGGUAUUUGGAGGUGAGGGUCGACCUGUGUGGGGGACCAGGGAUGGGUUGGGGAUGGAGGGUAUUUGGAGGAAAAGCAGGUUGGGACCAGGGAUGGUGGUGGUCUUGCCAACUCCUAUUGUUAUGGCCAUAGGACCAUAGGAGUUGGUCAGCAUAAACAGAUCUGGGACUGUUUGUUGGGAAUGUCUGUUGGGAAUGUUAAUGGCUGGGAUGUUUUUCUUAGUCAGGUCACAGGGUCAGGAAAAACUCAUCAGACCUACACUACCGGUCAACAUUUUUAGAACACCUACUCAUUCAAGGGUUUUUCUUUAUUUUUACUAUUUUCUACAUUGUAGAAUAAUAGUGAAGAUAUCAAAACUAUGAAAUAACACAUAUGGAAUCAUGUAGUAACCAAAAAAGUGUUAAACAAAUCGAAAUAUAUAUUAUAUUUGAGAAUCUUCAAAAAGCCACCCUUUGCCUUGAUGACAGCUUUGCACACUCUUGGCAUUCUCUCAACCAGCGUCAUGAGGUAGUCACCUGGAAUCCAUUUCAAUGAACAGGUAUGCCUUCUUAAAAGUUAAUUUGUGGAAUUUAUUUCCUUCUUAAUGUGUUUAAGCCAAUCAGUUGUGUUGUGACAAGGUGUGUGUGUGGGGGGGGGUAUACAGAAGAUAGCCCUAUUUGGUAAAAUACCAAGUCCAUAUUAUGGCAAGAACAGCUCAAAUAAGCAAAGAGAAAUGACAGUCCAUCAUUACUUUAAGAUAUGAAGGUCAGUCAAUACGGAACAUUUCAAGGUCAGUCAAUACGGAACGUUUUUGCAGUCGCAAAAACCAUCAAGCGCUAUGAUGAAACUGGCUCACAUGAGGCCCGCCACAGGAAUGGGAGACCCAGAGUUACCUCUGCUGCAGAGGAUACGUUUAUUAGAGUUACCAGCCUCAGAAAUGGCAGUCCAAAUAAAUGCUUCACAGAGUUCAAGUAACAGACACAUCUCAACAUCAACUGUUUAGAGGAGACUGUGUGAAUCAGGCCUUCAUGGUCGAAUUGCUGCAAAGAAACUACUACUAUAGGACACCAAUAAGAAGAAGAGACUUGCUUGGGGCAAAAAACACAAGCAAUGGACAUUAGACCGGUGGAAAUGUGUCCUUUGGUCUGGAGUCCAAAUUGGAGAUGAUUGGUUCCAACCGCUGUGUCUUUGUGAGACGCGGUGUGGGUGAAUGGAUGAUCUCUGCAUGUGUAUUUCCCACCGUAAAGCAUGGAGGAGGAGGUGUUAUGGUGUGGGGGUGCUUUGCUGGUGACACUGUCUGUGAUUUAUUUAGAAUUCAAGGCAAACUUAACCAGCAUGGCUACCACAACCUUCUGCAGUGAUACACCAUUCCAUCUGGUUUGGGCUUAGUGGGACUAUCAUUUGUUUUUCAACAGGACAAUGACCCAACACACCUCCAGGCUGUGUAAGGGCUAUUUUACCAAGAAGGAGAGUGAUGGAGUGCUGCAUCAGUUGACCUGUCCUCCACAAUCCCCCGACCUCAACCCAAUUGAGUGGUUUACAUUUACAUUUUAGUCAUUUAGCAGACGCUCUUAUCCAGAGCGACAAAACACACGGCCAAGGCAACAAAGGAGUGGCUCAAGAAGAAGCAAAUUAAGGUCCUGGUGUGGCCUAGCCAGUCUCCAGACCUAAAUCCCAUAGAAAAAUCUGUAGAGGGAGCUGAAGGUUCGAGUUGCCAAACGUCAGCCUCGAAACCUUAAUGACUUGGAGAAGAUCUGCAAAGAGGAGUGGGACAAAAUCCCUCCUGAGAUGUGUGCAAACCUGGUGGCCAACUACAAGAAACGUCUGACCUCUGUGAUUGCCAACAAGGGUUUUGCCACCAAGUACUAAGUCAUGUUUUGCAGAGGGGUCAAAUACUUAUUUCCCUCUUAAAAUGCAAAUCAAUUUAUAAAAUUUUAGACGUGCGUUUUUCUGGAUUUUUUUGUUGUUAUUCUGUCUCUCACUGUUCAAAUAAACCUACCAUUAAAAUGAUAGACUGAUCAUUUCUUUGUCAGUGGGUAAACGUACAAAAUCAGCAGGGGAUCAAAUACUUUUUUCCCUCACUGUAUAUGUGCCCUCUGUUCCCCAUUGUCCUUGUCCAUUAUUGUCCCAUGUCCGUUUUUCUCCUGAGUACCGUGUAUUGUGCUCUGGUUUUUUACGGGUCUCGUCCCGUGUAGAGGUUACACCUCGCUCUUUGUUUGGGAUACAUCCCUUUGGUAUAUAUAUACGUGUUUGUGUUGGGUGGAGUAAUAAAACCCCUAAUACCUAUUCCUGCGCCUGUCUUCUAAUCAUUAUACAACGUGACAAAACUACUGAAAGAGAGACAGUUUGGGACAAUGGAUGGCUUUGGGAUUGAGAGGAGGGGAGAGGAUGUGUUCACUUUGAGUUUUCAUUAUUUUCAAGGAAGAUGCAUGUGAGAGAUGGAGGAAGGAUAAGGGCAGGGAGAUGGUCAUGUUAUUACUUUGGGAUUCUCCCUCAUGGGGUGUGAGAGAGUGUGGUGAUGCAUUCUGGGACUGUGAGUGGGUGGAAGAUAUUGAUGUCUAUUGCUUAUAAUAAUGUUUUAUCUUAUAUUUCUAAAUGCUCCACAUAAUUGUCCCUUGUGGGAAGUCUUAUUGAAAUGAAUUUAGAGAAGUAUCGUCAGUGGGGGUUGAUUCGUCCAUUAGAUAUAAUUAUUGUCUGGGGGAACUGGAGGAGGUAGAAGUGUUGAUGUGUUCAUUUUGAAUUUGUUUGAAUCGUUGGUCAUGAUUCCAUUCAGGGUCGGGCGAGAGGCACAGUGUGCUAUUGCAAACUCAACUCACGACGCUGCACCUAAGGCCUGAACCAGUGUCAGAUUCCUCUAUAACCUCAACCAUGUGGAGUUGAGAAAAUAUACAUUAUGAGAGUUAAGUGAAAAUAGUGCACAGUGAGAGCUGUUUGGGUUCCAUGACAAUCAACAGUGUCAUAGUGAGAAGCAGACACAAGCCUGGCUCAUAGAGAGUAUUUCAUCCAAAUUACCUCAGUAGCUAACUUACUGCUUUGGCCAAGUGCCAAUUAUUCAAUGCAAAGUAGAUCAUCAGAUUCUAAUAAUAUGUCCUCAACUUUAUUUGUCCACCUAUUAGUAUUAGGGCUAAAACAUGCCAUCAUUAGAUACAUCCCACAUAAAUCCAGUCACACUACAGACGCAGAUGAUGGUCCUGUCUGUCUUGUACGCUGAUAGGGAAUGCCAUAGUCGUAGAGGUCACAUUAGUGAUGAUAUGCAGAGAGCAGACAGCUCUGAGCCAUACAGUAUGUUCAUGUCUGGAAGAGGGAGCCUGAUGUAGGGUGUCUCACUGGAACCCAUUAGAGGAUAGGAAGGAUGCAUGUGGAUGGGGGGGGGGGGGGGGGGGGGGGAUGCCUGUGUGUGUGUUCCCAUCUAAGGCCAGGAGAUCCAGCAGUCAGGCGCUGCAGCUCAGAACACAUGUAUCUCUGUCAGACAGUUGAUAUCACGUAUUAUAGAACUUAAGGGAAGGCAUGUCUGAGCAGUGCUAUCUGUCUGGGUAAGGUGGGCUGGAACUGGGAGUGUGUAAUUGUACUUUCAUUUACAUUACAUUUACGUCAUUUAGCAGACGCUCUUAUCCAGAGCGACUUACAAAUAGGUGCAUUCACCUUAUAGCCAGUGGGAUAACCACUUUAGAAUGUUAUUAUUAUUAUUUUUUUUUGGGGGGGGGGGGGGGGGGGGGGGGUAGAAGGAUUACUUUAUCCUAUCCCAGGUAUUCCUUAAAGAGGUGGGGUUUCAAAUGUCUCCGGAAGGUGGUGAGUGACUCCGCUGUCCUAGCGUCGUGAGGGAGCUUGUUCCACCAUUGGGGUGCCAGAGCAGCGAACAGUUUUGACUGGGCUGAGCGGGAACUAUGAUUCCGCAGAGAUAGGGGAGCCAGCAGGCCAGAGGUGGAUGAACGCAGUGCCCUCGUUUGGGUGUAGGGACUGAUCAGAGCCUGAAGGUACGGAGGUGCCGUUCCCCUCACAGCUCCGUAGGCAAGCACCAUGGUCUUGUAGCAGAUGCGAGCUUCAACUGGAAGCCAGUGGAGUGUGCGGAGGAGCGGGGUGACGUGAGAGAACUUGGGAAGGUUGAACACCAGACGGGCUGCGGCAUUCUGGAUGAGUUGUAGGGGUUUAAUGGCACAGGCAGGGAGCCCAGCCAACAGCGAGUUGCAGUAAUCCAGACGGGAGAUGACAAGUGCCUGGAUUAGGACCUGUGCCGCUUCCUGUGUAAGGCAGGGUCGUACUCUCCAAAUGUUGUAGAGCAUGAACCUACAGGAUCGGGUCACCGCCUUGAUGUUAGCGGAGAAUGACAGGGUGUUGUCCAGGGUCACGCCAAGGCUCUUCGCACUCUGGGAGGAGGACACAACGGAGUUGUCAACCGUGAUGGCGAGAUCAUGGAACGGGCAGUCCUUCCCCGGGAGGAAGAGCAGCUCCGUCUUGCCGAGGUUCAGCUUGAGGUGGUGAUCCGUCAUCCAUACUGAUAUAUCUGCCAGACAUGCAGAGAUGCGAUUCGCCACCUGGUUAUCAGAAGGGGGAAAGGAGAAGAUUAGUUGUGUGUCGUCAGCGUAGCAAUGAUAGGAGAGGCCAUGUGAGGAUAUGACAGAGCCAAGUGACUUGGUGUAUAGCGAGAAUAGGAGAGGGCCUAGAACUGAGCCCUGGGGGACACCAGUGGUGAGAGCACGUGGUGCGGAGACAGCUUCUCGCCACGCCACUUGGUAGGAGCGACCGGUCAGGUAGGACGCAAUCCAAGAGUGAGCCGCGCCGGAGAUGCCCAGCUCGGAGAGGGUGGAGAGGAGGAUCUGAUGGUUCACAGUAUCAAAGGCAGCAGACAGGUCUAGAAGGACAAGAGCAGAGGAGAGAGAGUUAGCUUUAGCAGUGCGGAGAGCCUGUGUGACACAGAGAAGAGCAGUCUCAGUUGAAUGACCAGUCUUGAAACCUGACUGGUUUGGAUCAAGAAGGUCAUUCUGAGAGAGAUAGCAAGAGAGUUGGCUAAAGAAGGCACGCUCAAUAGUUUUGGAGAGAAAAGAAAGAAGGGAUACUGGUCUGUAGUUGUUGACAUGGAGGGAGAAGGAUUGAGCAGAGGGAAGAGAUGAUAGGAUGGAAGAGGAGAGAGUAGCGGGAGAGAGAGAGCGAAGGUUGCGACGGCGCAUUACCAUCUGUGUAGGGGCAGAGCGAGCAGUGUUGGAGGAGAGGGAGAGAGAAAAGGAUACAAAGUAGUGGUCGGAGACUUGGAGGGGAGUUGCAGUGAGAUUAGUAGAAGAACAGCAUCUAGUGAAGAUGAGGUCAAGCGUAUUGCCUGCCUUGUGAGUAGGGGGGGACUGUGAGAGGGUGAGGUCAAAAGAGGAGAGGAGUGGAAAGAAGGAGGCAGAGAGAAAUGAGUCAAAUGUAGACGUAGGGAGGUUGAAAUCCCCCAGAACUGUGAGGGGUGAGCCAUCCUCAGGAAAGGAACUUAUCAAGGCGUCAAGCUCAUUGAUGAACUCUCCAAGGGAACCUGGAGGGCGAUAGAUGACAAGGAUAUUAAGCUUAAAUGGGCUAGUGACUGUGACAGCAUGGAAUUCAAAUGAGGAGACAGACAGAUGGGUCAGGGGAAAAAUUGAGAAUGUCCACUUGGGAGAGAUGAGGAUUCCUGUGCCACCACCCCGCUGACCAGAUGCUCUCGGGGUAUGCGAGAACACAUGGUCAGACGAGGAGAGAGCAGCAGGAGUAGCAGUGUUUUCAGUGGUAAUCCAUGUUUCCGUCAGCGCCAAGAAGUCGAGGGACUGGAGGGUAGCAUAGGCUGGGAUGAAGUCUGCCUUGUUGGCAGCAGAACGGCAGUUCCAGAGGCUGCCUGAGACCUGGAACUCCACGUGGGUCGUGCGUGCAGGGACCACCAGGUUAGAGAGGCAGCAAUCACGCGGUGUGAGGCGUUUGUGUAGCCUGUGCGGAGAGGAGAGAACAGGGAUAGGCAGAGGCAUAGUUGACAGGCUGCAGCAGAUGGCUACAAUAAUGCAGAGGAGAUCGGAAUAAAAUGAACUAAACAUCUGGGAAAGGAGAGAGCGGGGCCUCCCUCACCACAACUCCCAAAUAUAACUCUCCCAACUUCCACCUCAGAAACUAUAAUUGUUGUAAACUACAGCGGUUCAAUGUUUUCUAGGAAUAGACUAACCUAGUUUAUUCAGCUAGCUAACUAGGUGCAGUAUUAUUCAGUGAAAAACGUCCGGGCACCUCGUCAUAAGACGCCACAGCCAGCUAGCAUGCUGGUCUCCAACAGCAGGGUUUAGCGCCAAUACUCAGCCACAACAACCACCAGUGUAUCAACACACAAGCAGAUCGUCCGUGUCUAACAUUGUGGGUUAGUCCCGACAGCUUGAGCGAGUCCGUCGUCAACUUAUUCAGCCAGUUAGUUAGCUAGAAUAGUUAGCAAACUAGCUAGCCAUUGCUUUCAGACAAAGAAGAACCCCUCCUUUCACGGCACGAACACACAGAGAGAGCCAAACUAACGUUAACUAGUCACCCAUGUCCCGAAUUCCUUGAGCGACUCGGGCUAUCAAUAUGUAAAAAACAAAACACAAGUGUAGGUUAUGACUUACCCCUAGCAGCUACUGUUAGCUAGCCAAGUGCAAAGCUAGCCACUGAAUUGACUCAGCCAGUUCGCGUCUGUUCGCUCGGUCGUUCCAGCUAUUGUUUACUAGUAGCUAUCCAGGUUGCAACAAGCUUGCUAAUUUUCGAGCACAGUAGCCACUUGCUGCCUAACGUUAACGGUUCAGACAAUGAGGUUAGAAAACAGCUGAAUGGUAGGCAAUUAUUGUACGUAAUUAUUGUAGGCAGCCAGCUGGCGUAAUUACAGGCACUCUCAGGCGUGAAACAACUAUACCGUUGCUAAUAGCUACUCGCCAGCUAGUAGUGAAUGUGGGGGCAUAAUUGGACUCUGUGUGUGAGGGUUCGAUCAUGUUGUAUUGUGGAGGGAGAAGAAUUGGUGUGUGUGUGAGAGAGAGAGGGAGAGAGAGAUAGAGAGAGAGCAAGAGAGAGAGCAAGAGAGAGAGAGAGAAUAAUAUAUUUGAUGUGUGUGUGUUGAUUAUGAAUGAUGAUGAUUGAUAUUGAUGAUCAAUCAAUCAAUCAAAAUGAUUUAUGAAGCCCUUUUUACAUCAGCAGAUGUCACAAAGUGCUAUACAGAAACCCAGCCUAAAACCCCAAACAGCAAGCAAUGCAGAUGUAGAAGCACGGUGGCUAGGAAAAACUCCCUAGAAAGGCAGGAACCUAGGAAGAAACCUAGAAAGGAACCAGGCUCUGAGGGGUGGCCAGUCCUCUUCUGGCUGUGCCGGGUGGAGAUUAUAAGAGUACAUGGCCAUUUAAGGCCAGAUUGUUCUUCAAGAUGUUCAAAUGUUCAUAGAUGACCAGCAGGGUCAAAUAAUAAUCACAGUGGUUGUAGAGGGUGCAACAGGUCAGUACCUCAGGAGUGAAUGUCACUUGGCUUUUCGUAGCCGAGGAUUCAGAGGUCGAGACAGCAGGUGCGGUAGGGAGAGAGAGUCGAAAACAGCAAGUCCGGUACAAGGUAGCACGUCCGGUGAACAGGUCAGGGUUUCCUAGCUGCAGGCAGAACAGUUGAAACUGGAGCAGCAGCACGACCAGGUGGACUGGGGACAGCCAGGAGUCAUCAGGCCAGGUAGUCCUGAGGCAUGAUCCUAGGGCUCAGGUCCUCUGGGAGGGGAGGUAGAGAGAGAAUUAGAGGGAGCAUACUUCCAUUCACACAGGACACCAGAUAAUUACACCAGAUAUAACAGACUGACCCUAGCCCCCCGGCACAUAGACUACUGCAGCAUGGAUACUGGAGACUGAGACAGGGGUGGGUCGGGGGACACUGUGGCCCCGUCCGACGAUACGCCCGGACAGGGCCAACCAGGCAAGAUAUAACCCCACCCACUUUGCCAAAGCACAGCCCCCACACCACUAGAGGGAUAUCAACAGACCACCAACUUACUACCCUGAGACAAGGCUGAGUAUAGCCCACGAAGAUCUCCUCCACCGCACGAGCCCGAGGGGGCGCAAAACCGGACAAGAAGAUCAUGUCUGUGAUUCAACCCACUCAAGUGACGCACCCCUCCUAGGGAUGGCAUGGAAGAGCACUAGUAAGCCAGUGACUCAGCACCCGUAAUAGGGUCAGAGGCAGAGAAUCCCAGUGGAGAGAGGGUGGCCGGCCAGGCAGAGACAGCAAGGGCAGUUCGUCGCUCCAGUGCCUUGUCAUUCACCUUCGCACCCCUGGGCCAAACUACACUCAAUCAUAGGACUUACUGAAGAGAUUAGUCUUCAGUAAAGACUUAAAGGUCGAGACCGAGUCUGCGUCUCUCACAUGGAUAGGCAGACCAUUCCAUAAAAAUGGAGCUCUAUAGGAGAAAGCCCUGCCUCCAGCUGUUUGCUUAGAAAUUCUAGGGACAAUAAGGAGGCCUGCGUCUUGUGACCGUAGCGUACGUGUAGGUAGGUACGGCAGGACCAAAUCGGAGAGGUAGGUAGGAGUAAGCCCAUGUAAUGCUUUGUAGGUUAGCAGUAAAACCUUGAAAUCAGCCCUAGCCUUAACAGGAGGCCAGCCAGAGGCUAGCACUGGAGUAAUAUGAUCAAAUGAUGAUGAUGUUGAUUAUGAAUGAUGAUGAUUGAUGUUGAUUAUGAAUGAUGAUGAUCGAUGUUGAUUAUGAAUGAUGAUGAUUGAUAUUGAUGAUGAAAAAUGUAUGCACUCACAAACUGUAAGUCGCUCUGGAUAAGAGCGUCUGCUAAAUGACUAAAAUGUAAAAUGUAAAUGAUGAUGAUGAUGAUACUGAUGAUGAUAAUGAUGAUGAUGAUACUGAUGAAGCUGUGUGAAUGUGUCUGUCAUGUGACCCUGUGUUACAUGUCCAGGUGGUCGGAGGGGCGUGGCUCUUCAGCAGGAUGUACUGUAACAUCUUUGUCACCUUGGACGUCAUGAUGUGCACCGCUAGCAUUCUCAACUUGUGUGCUAUCAGCAUCGACAGGUAA